GUUUCGCGUUGUUUGUUUGUUUCUUUCUCUCCUCUUGGGAAAUGGGGCGGCACGGGAGUGGUGCUGGUGGUGGUGGUGGUAGCGGUGCUGCUGCUGCUGCUGCCGCUGCUGCUGCUGCUGUUGGAGGUGGUAGUGGUGGUGGUGGGAGAGAAUGAGAAAAGAUGAGAGCGAAAGCCAGCCUCGCCUCACCCCCUUCCAAGUUCCCGAGCCCGGCUGAGCACUUUUUCGGAGCAAAGGGUCCGCCUAGCCCUGGGUCGGGCCGUCUUACUGUACCGCCGUGUGCAUUCCCUCAUACGAUCGAGCCUGCGUGCUGCCGAAGCAGGGCGCCGAGUCCAUGCGAACUGCCAUCUGAUCCGCUCUUAUCAAUGAAGCAGCCGAUCAUGGCGGAUGGCCCCCGGUGCAAGAGGCGCAAACAAGCCAAUCCCAGGAGGAAAAACGUGGUGAAUUAUGACAAUGUAGUGGACACAGGUUCUGAAACAGAUGAGGAAGACAAGCUGCACAUCGCUGAGGAUGAUGGUAUUGCUAACCCCCUGGACCAGGAGACAAGUCCAGUUAGCAUGCCCAACCAUGAGUCCUCCCCACACGUGAGCCAAGCUCUGUUGCCAAGAGAGGAAGAUGACGAUGAAAUAAGGGAAGGUGGAGUGGAACAUACUUGGCACAGCAAUGAGAUUCUCCAAGCCUCUGUAGAUGGUCCAGAAGAAAUGAAGGACGACUAUGACACUAUGGGGCCAGAAGCCACGAUCCAGGCCACCGUGAACAAUGGUACAGUGAAGAAUGCAAACUGCACAGCAGACUUUGAGGAGUUCUUUGCCAAAAGGAAACUGGAAGAGCGUGAUGGCCAUGCCGUCAGUAUCGAGGAGUACCUUCAGCGCAGUGACACAGCCAUUAUUUACCCAGAAGCCCCCGAGGAGCUGUCUCGCCUUGGCACGCCAGAGGCCAAUGGGCAAGAAGAAAAUGACCUGCCACCUGGAACUCCAGAUGCUUUUGCCCAACUGCUGACCUGCCCCUACUGCGACCGGGGCUACAAGCGCUUGACAUCACUGAAGGAGCACAUCAAGUACCGCCAUGAGAAGAAUGAAGAGAACUUUUCCUGCCCUCUUUGUAGCUACACGUUUGCCUACCGCACCCAGCUCGAGCGGCAUAUGGUGACGCACAAGCCAGGGACAGAUCAGCACCAAAUGCUAACCCAAGGAGCAGGUAAUCGCAAGUUCAAAUGCACAGAGUGCGGCAAGGCCUUCAAAUAUAAACACCAUCUGAAGGAGCACCUGCGAAUUCACAGUGGUGAAAAACCCUAUGAGUGCCCGAACUGCAAGAAACGUUUCUCCCAUUCGGGUUCCUACAGUUCGCACAUCAGCAGCAAGAAGUGCAUUGGCUUAAUCUCGGUAAAUGGCCGCAUGAGAAACAAUAUCAAGACGGGUUCUUCCCCUAAUUCUGUUUCUUCCUCUCCUACCAAUUCAGCCAUCACUCAGUUAAGAAACAAGCUGGAAAAUGGAAAACCACUUAGUAUGUCUGAGCAAACAGGCUUACUUAAAAUUAAAACAGAACCACUAGACUUCAAUGACUAUAAAGUUCUAAUGGCCACACACGGGUUUAGUGGCACUAGUCCCUUUAUGAAUGGUGGACUUGGAGCCACCAGCCCAUUAGGCGUUCAUCCUUCUGCUCAGAGUCCAAUGCAACACUUAGGCGUAGGGAUGGAAGCCCCUUUACUUGGAUUUCCCACAAUGAAUAGUAAUCUAAGCGAGGUACAAAAGGUUCUACAGAUUGUGGACAAUACGGUUUCCCGGCAAAAAAUGGACUGCAAGGCUGAAGAAAUUUCAAAGUUGAAAGGUUAUCACAUGAAGGAUCCAUGCUCUCAACCUGAGGAACAAGGAGUGACUUCUCCUAAUAUUCCAGCUGUUGGUCUUCCAGUAGUGAGUCAUAACGGUGCCACUAAAAGUAUAAUUGACUAUACGUUAGAAAAAGUCAAUGAAGCCAAAGCUUGCCUCCAGAGCUUGACUACUGACUCAAGGAGACAGAUCAGUAAUAUAAAAAAAGAGAAGCUGCGUACCUUAAUAGAUCUAGUCACCGAUGAUAAAAUGAUUGAAAACCAUAGCAUAUCCACUCCAUUUUCCUGCCAGUUCUGUAAAGAGAGUUUUCCUGGCCCCAUUCCUUUGCAUCAGCAUGAACGUUACCUUUGUAAGAUGAAUGAAGAGAUCAAAGCAGUCUUGCAACCUCAUGAAAACAUAGUUCCCAACAAGGCGGGAGUUUUUGUUGAUAAUAAAGCCCUCCUCUUGUCAUCGGUACUUUCUGAGAAAGGACUGACAAGCCCCAUCAACCCAUACAAGGACCACAUGUCUGUACUCAAAGCAUACUAUGCUAUGAACAUGGAGCCCAACUCUGAUGAACUGCUCAAAAUCUCCAUCGCUGUGGGCCUUCCUCAGGAAUUUGUGAAGGAAUGGUUUGAGCAACGAAAAGUCUACCAGUAUUCAAAUUCCAGAUCCCCAUCACUGGAGAGGAACUC